AAGAGCGAGCCUCACCUGGAGGAGCUUCUUUGGCUUUGGCUUUGGCGGCGUGGAAGGCUAGCGUCGGAGGAAGAAGAAGGAGAACGAGAAGGAGGAGAAGAAGGAGAACAUGCCUUUCCUCCUCCUGCUGCUGCUGCUGCUCCAGGCGAGUCCCGGGUCCUGGGGCUCCCUCCGCCCGCCUUGCCUCCAGGGCUUCCCGGCUCAGCGCUUCGCCUUCGACCCCUCUGGACCGGACCUUCCGCGCGGACCCCUGGUGGGCAAAGGGACCCAACCCUCCACCUUGGGGACCAUGCGGCACGAAAUGCAGGAGGAAGAAGAGGGAAAGCUUCUUUACUUCGCUUCGGGGAAACCGGGCCUGAAGCGGCAGAAGAGGGACUGGGUGAUCCCCCCCAUCAGGGUCCCCGAAAAUGAACGCGGCCCCUUCCCCAAAAAGCUGGUCCAGAUCAAGUCCAACCGGGACAAAGACACCAAGAUCUUCUACAGCAUCACCGGCCAAGGGGCCGACACCCCUCCCGAGGGGGUCUUCACCAUCGAGAAGGAGACCGGAUGGAUGAAGGUCACCCAGCCCCUGGACAGGGAGCACAUCGACAAAUACCACCUCCUGUCUCACGCCGUGUCCGAGAACGGCAAGUCGGUGGAGGAGCCCAUGGAGAUCAUUGUGACGGUCACCGACCAGAACGACAACAAGCCCCAGUUCACGCAGGAGGUCUUCCGGGGGUCCGUCCUGGAGGGAGCCACUCCCGGGACUUCCGUGAUGCAGGUCACGGCCACGGAUGCGGAUGACGCCAUCGAGAGCUACAACGGGGUCAUUGCCUACUCCAUCCUCAGCCAGGUCCCCGAGGAGCCCCACCGGCAGAUGUUUGCCAUCAACCGGGCCACCGGUGCCAUCAGCGUCAUUGCCAGCGGGCUGGACCGGGAGCGAGUGAGAGAAUACAUCCUGACCCUGCAAGCGGCCGACUUGGACGGCGACGGACUGACCAGCAGCGCCAAGGCCGUGAUCGAGGUGGCCGACGUCAACGACAACGCGCCCGAGUUCAAGCAGCAAGCGUAUUCGGUGGAGGCUCCUGAGAACGAGGUGGGGCUGGAGGUGUUGCGCCUGGAGGUCACCGACAAGGACGAGCCGGGGUCUUCGGCCUGGAGAGCGGCCUUCUCCAUCACGCAGGGCAACGAGGGGGGCUUCUUCCGCAUCUCCACCGACCCGGAGACCAACGAAGGCAUCCUGGCCACCGCCAAAGCCUUGGACUUUGAGGAGCGGAGGCAGUUUGUGCUCCAGGUGGAGGUCACCAACGAGGCCCCCUUCGCGGUCCGGCUGCCCACCUCCACGGCCACCGUCACGGUCAGCGUGAGGGACGUCAACGAGGCCCCGGUCUUCGCGCCCCCGGUCCACAGGGCUCAGGUCUCGGAGGACGUUCCCGUGGGAAGCCAGGUCACCGUCUUCACGGCUCAAGACCCCGACCAGGAGCAGAAGCAGACCGUCCGGUACUCCAUUGGGAACGACCCGGCUGCCUGGCUGGCCAUUGACCCCGGAAGCGGCGCCAUCAGGACCCGAAAUAAGCUGGACCGGGAGUCUCCUCUGGUCCAGAACAGCACCUACAGAGCCACGGUGCUGGCCGUGGACAAUGGGACCCCUCCGGCCACCGGGACCGGCACCUUGAUCCUGACCUUGCUGGACGUCAACGACAACGGCCCGGUGCCCGACCGGCGGGAGCUGACCCUCUGCAACCACCGUCCGGAGCCCCAGCGGCUGCGCAUUUUGGACCAGGACCUCCCGCCCAACACGUCCCCCUUCCGCGCUGAGCUGGUCCACGGGUCGGAGCAGAACUGGGCGGUGGAGAUGGACCUCCAAGGUGAAGUGGCCACUUUGAGGCUGCUGGACCCACUCAAGCAGGGCACCUACGACGUCCACCUGCGGCUCUUUGACAGCCAGGACCUGCACCAGGUCACCGUCCUCAAGGCCACCGUCUGCGAGUGCGAGGGUCCCGUUGACCGCUGCCCCGAGAAGCAGCUGGCCGGCAUCGGGGGGGCCGUCAUCCUGGCCAUCCUGGGCUCCGUUCUGGCCUUGCUGAUUUUGUUGCUCCUGCUCUUCCUCUUUGUGCGGCGGAAGAAAGCGGUGAAGGAGCCUCUUUUGCUGCCGGAAGAAGACACCCGGGACAAUAUCUUCUAUUACGGCGAAGAGGGAGGCGGAGAGGAAGACCAGGACUAUGACCUCAGCCAGCUGCACCGAGGCCUGGACGCUCGCCCGGAGGUCGUUGUACGGAACGACGUGGUGCCCACUUUGCUGCCCGCGCCGCAGUACCGCCCGCGCCCGGCGAACCCGGAUGAGAUCGGAAACUUCAUCCACGAGAACCUGAAGGCGGCGGACGCGGACCCCACGGCCCCCCCUUACGACUCCCUCUUGGUCUUCGACUACGAGGGCAGCGGCUCCGAGGCUGGCUCGCUCAGCUCCCUCAACUCCUCUUCCGACGGAGACCAGGACUACGACUAUCUCAGCGAGUGGGGCAACCGCUUCAAGAAACUGGCCGACAUGUACGGCGGAGGUGAAGACGAGGAUUGACGGCCGGGAGGAAGAAAAAGUGUGGGCGGGGGGCGCCUUAAUGGGACCCUCCUGGCUGCCAAACCCAUUGUUUGUUUAUCAUUUUGGGGUCCUGACUUUACAUUUCAGAAUGUGCCUAUAAGAGGGUUGGUUCCCAAGCCUGUCUCCGAAUAUUCCUCUGGAUCCAGGUGCGCAUCCUUACCUGCAAGGUAAGGUAAAUACCUGCAAGGUAUUUGCAACCAAACCCCAAAUCAUUUAUGGAGCCAAAGGAUGCCCAUUCCUUGCCAUUAGGUUAAGUUGGUGACAUUGCAAGGAGUUCAGGUGUGUAUAUUCGGCAGGUAAAGGUGUGACAAGGUUCCCAGAGGUGUGCAACCUGGAGAAACUCGACCCCAGCCUUUGCAACCCUCUCUUCCCUUCCCAAAGCGAAUCUCUUUUUAAUAAAAUACCCCCAUAACAAUGAAAUCCUAAGCCUAUCCUCAGUGUCCCUAGAUGAGAUUGCGGGACUUCUUUUUGUUUUUGUACUGUGUGUAAUAUAGACUCUGAGAUGAUGAAAGGAUUGGACAAUCAGGGUGUAUGCGUUUUAAUAAAGGAUUUUCUUCUUUUUUUAAGAAA